AUGGCGCUGCGUGCCGUCAACGUGGUGGGCGCGGCGCUGCUCUUUGCGGGGACCGUGGCGGAGCUGGUUCUCGAUCCGGAGCAGGACCGCAUGGACGUGCCGCCCGGCUACUCGCAGGGGGCAGUGCGCGGCCUCUACCUCGCGUGCGGUUCGUGCGGCGCGGCGGCGUGGGCGUGCGUGCUGGGCCUCGCGCUGUUUGAGGCGCGGUGCGGCCGCAACGCCGGCCGCUCGACCCGCCUGUGGCUGAUGCUCUCCGCCCUCCUCGCCUGCCUCCGCUUUGCUUCCGACGUCGAGCGGCUCGCCACCGGCUCCGCGCCGCUCGACGGCGUGGCCCGCGCGCGGCUAGGCGUCUUUGCCGUCUCGGCGGUGGUCGGACUGGUCGCAAACACGUCCCUCAUGUUUGCCAACCCGCUGCUCAUCAACACCCUCGUCCGCUACCUCUCGGGCGAGCAGCCUCUCUCCCCGACUGCGGCCGUCGUCUGCGCGCUCGGCAUGUUCGUCGCAAACUCGGCAAAGUCGCUCGCGCUCGGCCAGUACUUUUUCCGCGGCUUCCGGCUCGGCCUGCGCGCAAAGUCCGCCAUCGGGCAGCUCGCGCUCACCCUGGCUCACGAGGAGAGGUCGCGCUUCGGCACCGGCGCCGUCGCCUCGCACAUCGACGCCUCGAAGAUGGGGGACGCGCUGCCGUACCUGCACCUGCUCUGGUCGGGGCCGGUGACGCUCAUCAUCGCGACGGUGAUGCUCUGCAACUUCCUCGGCGUCGCCGGCCUCGCGGGCAUCUUCAUCAUGGUCUUCUCGAUGCCGCUCAACACGCAGCUCUCGCGCAAGAUGGGCGCCUUCACGCGCCGCACGAUGGCGCUGCGCGACCGGCGCGUGAAGUUCACCUCGGAGCUUCUGCAGGGCGUGCGGCUGCUCAAGCUGUUUGCGUGGGAGCCGUCGCUGCUCGAGCAGCUGGGCGAGCGGCGCACGGCCGAGCUGAAGCAGGUGCGCAACAACCUGCUGCUCGGCGGCGUGAUGGGCUUCUUCUUCACCGCCAUCCCGCUCUUCGUCACGCUGGCGACCUUCCUAGUCUACUCCGCGCUCGGCAACAAGCUCACCGCCGCCACCGCCUUCACCUCGCUCUCGCUCUUCCAGAUCAUCCGCUUCCCCCUCCUCGUGGUGCCGAUGAUGAUCACGCGCGUGAUCGACCUGUCCGUCGUCAACGGGCGCCUCUCGCGCUUCCUCAACGCGAAGGGCCGCGAGGCCGUCGAGCUCGACGGCGGCGGCGACGGCGACAGCGUCGUCGGCGGCGACGCGCCAAUCUCGCUCGAGGGGCACUUCCUCUCCCGCUUGCCCGCCGCUGCCGGCGCGCCCGCAAUCGAGCUGCACGGCGCCGCGUUCCGCUGGCCCGAGACGGCGGUGGAGUCUGACAAGGGGAAGAAGAAGAAGCGGCGCAAGAGGAGCCGCUUGUUCGGCCACGGCGCCCACCACUCCGCCGAGAGCGUGCGCUCUGCCCUCGCCGAGCAAGGGGCCAAGUCUCAGGCGGCUCGCCCUCCGACGCUGAGCGCCCUCGACCUCUCGCUCAGCCGCGGCUCGCUCACCAUCGUGCUCGGCCCUGUGGGGAGCGGCAAGACGUCGCUGCUGCUCGCGCUGCUCGGCGACAUGCCGCGACUCAAGGGGCGCGCCGUGCUGCGCGGCGAGGUGGUGUACUGUGCCCAGGAGCCGUGGAUACAGAACAUGACGCUCAAGGACAACGUGCUCUUCGGCAAGCCCUUCGACGCGCGCCUCUACGAGGAGGUGCUCGGCGCGUGCGCCCUCGCCGCCGACCUCGAGCAGCUGCCCGCCGGGGACCGGACCGAGAUCGGAGAGCGGGGCAUCAACCUCUCCGGCGGCCAAAAGGCGCGCAUCGCCCUCGCGCGCGCCUGCUACACGGCCGGCUGCUGCCCGUCCCCCACCGUCCUCCUCGACGACGUGCUCGCCGCCGUCGACGCCGAGGUCGGUGCGCAGCUGAUGCGCGAGUGCGUGUGCGGCCUCCUCUCCACCUGGGGCUGCACCGUCCUCCUCGCCACCCACCACGCGCACCACGCCCACGCGGCCGGCCACGUCGCGGCUGCCGCAGGCGGCGGCGGCGGAGGAGGAGGAGCGCCGAAGCCGGCGGGGCGAGCCAAGCCCGAGGCGGGCGGCGCAAAGGCGGGAGGCUCGAUCAUUGCCGCGGAGGACCGGGAGCGGGGCGUCGUGGCGAUGAGCUUGUGGGUGCGGUACGCCGAGGCGCUCGGCUGGCUCUCGAUGAGCUCGCUGAUCGGCAUCUACUCGCUCUCGCAAGUCUUCACCUACGGCUCUUCUUGGUGGCUCACGCAGUGGGCGGCCGACACCUUCCCCUCCGUCUCGCACGGCGAGCCUUGGUUCUACAUGGCCGUCUACUCGGGCGCCCCGCUCGUGGCGGCGCCUCCCCACUCAGGCUGGCUGGCGAGCGCGUCGCUCAUGGCGGCGGCGCUCAUCCUCGUGCGCGCCGUCGUCCUCACCCUCGCUUCGGUGCGUGCGGCGCGCAAGAUACAGGCGGAGGCGAUCAGCGCCGUCUUCCAGGCGCCCAUCGCCUUCUUCGACACGACGCCGCUCGGCCGGAUCGUCAACCGCUUCUCGGGCGACGUGCAGAAGGUCGACGUCCAGAUCUCGGGCCAGUUCAUGCAGCUCUUCCUCAACUUCUUCUCGCUGCUCGGCACGAUCAUGAUGCUGGCGCUCUCCUCAAAGUACGUGCUCCUCUCGCUGCUGCCUCUCGCCAUCAUCUAUUUCUUCUGCGCAAAGUACUACCGAGCCUCGUCGCGCGAGCUGCAGCGGCUCGAGUCCAUCUCGCGCUCCCCCAUCUACACCGCCUUCACCGAGGCGCUCAACGGCGCGCCGACGAUCGCCGCGAUGCGCGUCGCGCCGCGGCGCGCUGCCUUCAUCAUGUACGCGGCCAAUCGGUGGCUGUCGGUGCGGCUCGAGUUCCUGUCCAACCUCCUGCUCGCGCUCACGGCGCUCCUCGCCGUCGCCUCGCACCUCGCAAACGGCGGAGGCGGCAAGGCGUCGGCCGGCCUCGCCGGCCUGGCGCUCUCCUACGCGCCGGGCAUGACGGACACGCUCAACAACUUGCUGCGCAACUUCACGUCGCUCGAGACGAUGAUGACAUGUCGCAUAGGCGUUCGGAUGGGCUACCGGCCGGGACUGCCCGAUGUCCUCUCCGACCUCCGCCUCGACAUUGCGCCGCGCGAGAAGGUCGGGAUCGUCGGCCGCACCGGCGCCGGCAAGUCGUCCAUCCUGGUGGCCCUCUUCCGGAUGGGCGAGGUGCGCGCGGGCGCCAUCCUCCUCGACGGGGUCGACAUCUCGGCGGUGCCGCUGCCGACGCUGCGCUCGCGGCUCGCAAUCAUCCCUCAGGACCCGCUGUGGGACGCGCUCGACGCGUGCUCCAUCGGUGGCGCGAUGCGCGAGCACCCCGAUGGGCUCGGCAAACCGAUCGACGAGCGCGGCGCCAACCUGUCGAUGGGUCAGCGGCAGCUCGUCUGCAUGGCGCGGGCGCUGCUCAAGCGCGCGCGCAUUCUCGUCCUCGACGAGGCGACCGCUUCCGUCGACAUGGAGACGGACGAGCUGAUCCAGCAGACGCUGCGCCGCGAGAUGACCGACGCCACCGUGCUCACCAUCGCCCACCGGCUCGACACCAUCAUGCAGGGCGACCGGGUGGUGGUCAUGCACGCGGGGCAGGCGGUCGAGUCGGGCCCGCCGCUUGAGCUCCGCGACACGCCCGGCUCGCGCUUCGCCGAGCUGUGGAGCGCGCAACAGCAGUGAGCGCGCGUGCGGGAGCCCUGGCGGCUGUCGCGGGCGCCAUGGGCAGAGAGAGAGAGAGAGAGAAAGAGAGAGAGAGAGAGUCAGAGAGAGAGAGGAGGCACAUGGUGCGUCGGCGUCUCUAGCUAGGCCCUCACUGCCCAGCUGGCGCAAAGCCGUGACUGACCGCGCCUCUUUCAUCUCUAUCUGCGUAUCUGUGAGACUGUGACACUGACACACUGUGUUCAAUAUCGGUGUUGGCAAAAGUCGGGCUCGGGGAGACGAACACUCC